UGAGAGCUGCGGCAAGAUGGAGACCUGAGGCAACACACAGGAUGGUGUCCAGUGUACGGCCUAAGGGAUUUAUUCCUAGCUGACGCCGGAAAAAGGCCAUGACAAAGCCCCACCAUGGCUACUGCGGUGGACACGGAGGCCGAGGACCGACGGACUGACUGGGAGGAGUUCUGUGAUAACCAGGCCAGGGUGGCCGCCGCCGACUUCGUUAAGUCCUGGAGAGUGUUUGUGGCACUCCAAGCUCAGUUCAGGGAGUUGGAACACAAGGAACUGGCUCAGAAGUUUGCGGAGCUAUUUCCAGGGCAUUUAGAACAAGCAUUACUUAAUCCUCCCAACGGUGUAAAGGUCCGUAAUGGUGUUGGCAGUGUGGCCACUACAAGGUCUGCCUCGGCUGAUGACAUUCUGGAGGUGACAGCAGUAGUUAGUGACGAGGGGGGCGAGUCCCCGUCCCCUAAAGUGUCUCACAAGCCUUUCUUUAGGAGACUGUCUUUUAAGGGACUGAAGAAGGGUAAAAUAUUCUUAAAACAGCAUUCUGACGAGGUGGAGUUAUCUCCCCACCACGACAAGCAGUUGAAGAAUGAGCGGCACAAGGCCCGCACGGUGAAGCUGGCCGUGGAGUGCGUACGGGAGGGAACCGUGCACCUCUUAGCUGGAGACACUCAGGAGGGCCGGCCACAUUGGUUGAAGUGUCGCAUGGCUCUUGUUAAAGUCGCUGCUGGACAUAUGCUUGAAUUUUAUGCACCUCCUAAGAGUAUGAAGCCCCGUACUGGUGUAUUCUGCAUAUCAAUAAAUGAGGCAAGGGAGACUACUGAUUUGGAGAUGCCAGACCUUAGAAACACAUUUGUUAUCAAGCCAUCGUGGGCAUCAUCAAGGAUGUUUGCAUUUCCACACAUUUGCCAGGCAGAUAGUGGCAAUGAGUGGGUAGUGGAGGCUCAGGACCAGGAGGACAUGAAGGUGUGGCUGACGACCAUCGUUGCUCAUUGUUGUUCCACCGAUAAAGAACAGUCAAAGAAUUAUGAGCUUCGACCAGCAAUGUAUAGUGUGAAGAAUGAGUCAUCACAGUCCCUGGCCGCCACGGUAGGAGGUGGUGAGGUGAUAGAACGUCCUGAACAUCCUCCAGACCUUCCCCCAAGAGUCCCUGGUACUACCUCCCCGAGCUCACAACAGGCAUUUAUUAUAGCUGCAAGACAAAGCAACCUGUCAAUGCACUCCAGAUCUCAAAAUGGACUUGGAGAUUACUCAAGCGAGGACACUGUCAAUGUGCGAGUACCUUCAGAUGUGGACUUUUACUCCAGCCUACGAGACUACCCUUGGUUUCACGGUACACUCUCUCGUUGUGAUGCUGCCUCUGCCGUCCUUCAGGAGGCUGUGGCAGGACAUGGUGUCUUUCUUGUUAGACAAAGUGAAACAAGGAAAGGGGAGUAUGUUCUUACCUUCAACUAUCAAGGGAGAGCAAAGCAUUUAAGAAUGACCAUCAACCCAGAUGGUGCGUGCCGGGUCCAACAUUUGUCCUUUGCCACAAUAUUUGACCUGCUGGAGUACUUCCGUGACAACCACAUCCCUCUAGAGUCUGGUGGUACCUCAGAUGUAACUCUCUCAGAGUUUGUCAUUGCCUCUGAUUAUUCUGCUCGUAAUACAGGAGCAGGGCAAGGAGGAGCAGAGCGCAGACCACCAAACCUCCCAGACACGAGAGAGGUUGCAACUCAUGGAGGAUCAGUUCGCAUGACAACUACAGUCCUUGAACGACUUCAGUAUGAACAGAGUAACUCAGGUGGGUCUACAGGAAGAGCGGUGGAAAAUACCUACACAUAUACAUGAAGACAUGAUUAUUAUGCCCCAGAAAAGAGUAAAUUAAGUGAGUGAUGCAAGAUAAUGUGACUUAAAAUGAAAAAUGCCAAUGAAAGGUAAUUUUUUUUUAUUUAAUUUUAAUGUUUUGUUAAAAUUUGUUGUUUUUCUCUCAUAUCUGAAUCAGGAUACAUUAUUUAUUCUUUGCAUAUGUACGUAAUAGGAAUUUCAUUGCCUUACUCUUUGCCCCCCAACACCAUUGUAAAACACACACACACACACACACACACACACACACACACACACACACACACACACACACACACACACAUAAUUCCCAAGUUGUGAAUAAUUUUUCUGAUUUAAUUUUACACAUUCAUGAAGAUAGUGGUAUUUACUGCCAUAUACUGUAGAUUCUUCUCAAAUAUUUCUCUCCACAAAAUUCUACUCACUCUCCUGGGGGCCAGACAUUGUAGUGUUUAUUUACCUGAUGGGAUAAUGGCUUAUAUCCAUUAUGGACUGUGGACAAUGAAAACGGUUUCCACAGCUUGUAGGAAUUUAACCCAGAGCUUAAAAUCUUGAAUCAUCUUGAAACUUGUACUCUUAGUGUGAUACUGUAAUACUGUCUCUGUGGCCACUGACUCACUCAUUAUCAUUUAUCUUAGAUCUGAAUAUAAGUAUUAAUUUACAUAUUCGAUUUUAUUUUGAAAUUUAUAUGUUCAAGUUUUUGGCUAUUAUUAAUUAUUUGAGAAGCAAUAUGUGUUUUUAUUUUGUAUUACUUCUCUGUAUUUACUUUGUUUAUUUCAGUAUGUUUAGUGGAAUAAUAAACCUCUUGUUUUGUAGUUUACAUUGAAUCAGUUUAGUGUUGCUGAAUAUGAUUUAGAGUAUUGUGUGUCACUUAAGUCUUUUUGAAGGUAAAGAUCUUAUAUUUUUUUAGAGUAGGAUGAACCGUGGCAGGAACAUUAUGGAAAUAUUGCUGUGAGAAGGUGUGAGAAUAUGAACAUAGAUAACGUCUUUUAUCUCACUGUUUGAUGCUGCGAAGGGCUCGGACGUCUUGUACUGUUAUUUCUGCUCGGUACACCAGAGAACUCCAUGGUCAGUCACUCAGUUACCCGUACAGUACUGUUUAUUUCAUUAACCGAAUUGUAAUAGGCAAGCAGCACAUUUUGUGAUGCCACUGAGCAAGAAUUUAUUUUAUAGGUAUUAGUUCUCAGUGAUUAAGGCAUCAUGUUGGUACUGUUCUAUAGACUGUUAGGUUAACAUUGAGGGUGCAGUUUAGUGGUUCUGUAUUUGUGCUGGUUGAGGAGUGCUGAUCACUAAGUGUGUUAUAUGUUUUGAAAUGUACUGUACAGACCUAAGCUAUGAGUGUGUAUGUGUGUUGAGCUUAAAUGUAUACAGAGUGUUUUUGUGCAUGUUUGAGUGUGUGUGUGUGUGUGUGUGUUUACAUAUAUACAUUGCAGUUUUUUAUUUUUCCGUAAAAUGACUUGCAUCUGGCAGGGAACUUUUUGUCCACUUAUCAGUAAUUGCUUGAGACCAAAAAGUUUGGCUAAUGAAUUUAAGGAAAUAGUAAAGAGUCACAAGUAAGGAUGAACAAAUUCUUCAGUUUAUAAGGUGUAUGUUGGCUAAUUUCAUUUUUGAGCUGCAGGUCGGAAAAAAAUUAGGUAUUGAAAAUCUCUUAAUUUUGCCCCUGCAAAUUUUCAAUCUUUCCAAUGAGCUCUUUAGUGUUUCAGGACAUGUGCUAUGAAUUGAUUACAUUUGAUAAUAGAUCUGAAGAAACUGUGAAUGUGAUUGUAUUAGAAGAGGGGCAGUGAUGUAGUGUCGGCAUAGGGAGAACAUAAAAAAAUAGCUUAUCUUUUAAAGCUGGCAAUUAAUUUCAGGAUUUGCCCUUUGCUAGAACAUAAUGGCAUCUUUUCCACACGUGGCUGCAGUCUUCAAAAACUGAGUGGAUCACUGAAAUGUACAUUAUUAUAGACUGUGAUGAGAUGAAGUUUCUACUUUUUGAGAGGAAUUUCCCUGAUGAAUCCUUUGUUAAUGUUCAGUUACAGGUAGUGGCAUCAUUGCUGAGAAUAAGUAUACCAAUAUGGAGUGCUAAAGGGGGUAACUAAUUUCUGCUUUUGUGUGAUUGUGUUUGUGUAAGUACUGUAUAAAUUUUUACAUAUUAAUUGAAAUGCCUGUAUGUUGUGUAUGUUUGUAUUGUAUAUUUUUUGAGUAAGGCAUAAACAAAUACGUACUAUCAUGUAGGAAUUAAUUAUAUUCAGUAGGUUUUAUCAUAUUAAAAAUCAAGAAAGUUAUUGUAUGUUAAAAAGUUCUAAGUAUUUGGUAACUUGCAUGCAUAUUACUUGGCUGGAAACUCUGCUAAUAAUCUCUCUUUCCCCCUCCCAAAUUGAUUGAAAGAUAAUAGCUUAUUGCUGUUGAUUGAACUAAGAUUAUUCAAGUUCGACAUUGGAUAGAGUUGACUGCCUGUAUUACUUUGUUGAGAUUAUAUUGAAAAUUAUAUAGAUUCAUGUGAAGAACAAAAGACAAGUUUGUUUUUAUGUUGUUAUUUGUUAAGUGUUAAUUGACUAAUGUACCAAAAUCCUAAGUUUAUAUUUAAGGAGUCUACAUCAUGUCAAGUGCUGUAAGGUAUACCAGUCUUGUGCAGUGUCUGUGUCUGUGAUGUGGUACCAGGCUGUAUUGCAUUUUGGUAACUAAAAGGAUUAGUGAAUUUGUAGUAUUGAUUUACAAAGAAGUCCAUUACUGUAUAGUAUAUGUGGCAUAAACAUCCGUAACUAAUCCAGUACAGUACAGUACUGUAAUAGCUUCUAAAAAAUGUUUGCACUGACUAUACGGUGAACAGAUUGUUUACGUAAUAAUGUUUGUUUCCCGGAUACAGUAACAUGGAAAAUUCUGUAGAUGUGUUCAUGUCUCAAAAGUGAAGGAGUAACAUUCCAGAUGUGGUAAAAAUUUACAGUAUCCUAUAUUUACAAUUAGAAAAAUGUGGGACAGGUAGCAAAGAUCUUUAACGACAUCCAUGCAGCACUAUGUCACGGCAGAGUAGACGAUGGAGUUUCAACAAAAAUUUUAUGCCUUUAACGUUACACUCAUUGAUCCAGUCUGUGUUUACAGUAGAGUUUUGUACACCGAAUCGUCUCAUAAGAUGUAAAUACAGAAACUAACACAAAUAGUAUAGUUCUACAGAAAUAGUGUGGAAUGAAAUAUUUAACCUGUUGUGUAUGGCCUCUCCUCUGAACUGAAUAAUAUCAUCUGGUGUUCACCAAAUGAAAUAUUAAAAGGGGCAUCCCCCAUAGUGAAGGGGCUAAUGAACUGUAUACGGUAGUGUAAAAUACAGUUAGAAGAUGGUGUAACCAUAAACUUCACAUCCAAGUUCGAUAGGUUGUGAAAAUCUUUGUGCAGAUUUAUCCUCUUCGUCACAGUGAUGUAUUCAGUCCAUCAUAAGAUCCUCAGAGUCGCAGAUGGUGAAGUUCGUGGUACAUCAAAAUUAACCUGGAUGUAAUAGGAGAAGAGCCAGGUUUGGUGUAUCUGCCUAGUAUAUGCUGCUGUGAGCAAUAAUACCCCUCUCAGUCAAUGGUGCUCGGCUCAACCAAUGACAUCAUAGUCUCCUGUGGGUGCUUCCAUUGUUCCACCACAGUCUCCCAUUGCCCUUAGAAUUGGAAGGAUAUAUAGUGUGACAUCUUACAAUUUUGAGGUAGAAAUGGUAGAAUCACAGGAUAUUAUUAGUGGUGUAGAAUAUAAUCCCAACCAGGAACACCUUGACAGUGAACCUUUGUCACAGGACAGCAUAGAGAGUAAGGAGGAGCAUGAAGUUUGAGGCAGCUGGACUCUUAUGAGUGACUUGUUUCAUGAUGUAAAACCUAAUCUGAAGACACUGUUCUCAUGUAGAAUAUUCAGGAAUAUAUUCUGCCUUCGAUGCAAAUACAUUUUCCACUGUAGAUGAUACAUUCCAGUUAUUUUUUGACCAAGCAUUAGUGUCUACCAUGUGUCAGUGGGUAAAUAUGAGAGCGGAUAUAAGUGUCACUGAACAUCUUCAAUGGAGGGGAAGAGUGAAUAGUUUAAUUUGGAAUUAAGUUAAUGUAGUUGACAUGUACACUAUUGUUAGCCUUCUCUUUGUCGCAGGGUUUGUCAGGAAGAAACUGUGGAGGGAAUAACUAAUCUUCAGAUGACAGAGUUUCUCAGGCAACGAGUCACAAAUACAGUACAGUAGAGUAUGAACACUUUCAGCACUGUACAAUGAAUGUAUUGUUUGCGCAUAUAAUAUACAUGUUCUGUACAGGACAUAAAUAUUUGUCUUGAAUAUAAUUUCCAAGUGCCCGGGAGGGUGGAAAAAUUAUAUUACCUGUACCGAUAAAUAUUGUGAAUGGUGAUGUGUGACGGCUGGCCAAGAUAAAGUGGUUUAUGUUCAUUUUACUCAUCACAUUAUAUUCUCAAAUACGUACAACACAUCUGGCCCAUGAAGUGCUCCGUGGAUGUUGUGAGGAGGACCUUUAAACUCUAUUGUGGUUAUCAGUACUGUUCAUGUCUCUCUAAGUGUGGAUAUUCUGUAUUACAUUUAAGAAAUGUCAUUUACUCUCAUAUGGAUUUAAGUACGGUACUCAUUGCUCAAAACUUACAUGAAGGCAGUUUAGGUAGCGGCUGCUCUGAUGAAUAAUCCACUCUAGAAAAGGAAUAUUAGAUUAUCCCAGAAUACACAGGUAAUACUUUGUGGUAUUGGAUAGUCUUGUCUUUUCAGUGCUCUGUAUUCUAGUCAUAUAUUAAGACUUCACAUUUAGUCGAUAUUCAGGAGCGUUAUCAGAUCUGUGUAUGGUUAGAUAUUUGUGGAAAAAUCCUCUUAUGCCUCUAUAUAGUGCACUGAUAUCUGUUGAUCCAUGAACACGUAGGGAUUGAGCAAUUGGACACAGUUUUAGGCAGCAUUUGUGGAUAUUUGAUACAAGAGAUAUCUUGGCAGCAUGAGUUUUUGUUGUUAUGAAAGUGAUCAACAUCAGAAUGUGGUUGAAUUUUCUGAAGCAUAUAAUUACUUAAUAUAGUGAACUACAAUAGAUCAGUGAUUUGAAAGUAUGGUGUAAAAAAUUGUGCAGUAUAUAUAUUGGCUACAGUGAUAGGUGACUUAGUACAGGUGCUACUGAUCUUGAUAUGGAACUUCCCAAAUGAAAGUAGAAAUAUAUUGACAUGAUUGAAAAGUCUUUGUGCAGGUCUUGGGUCACUAUUGAGAGUGCUUGUUUCUGGUUGACUUGACUGCUGUGACUCUUCAUAUUUACCAUCUUCUGAAAAAUACUGUAUAAACAUUGGAACAUCACCUAGUAGUGUACAGUACAUGUUCUAAGUCCAUAUUGGUCAAGUUAUAAGACUACCUUCUAAACACUGCCAGUACAGUACAGUAUUGUAUGUUUUGGAUUAACCUUCAGGUACAGUAGUUGGAACAUCAAGUAAUCAUUGCACACAUUUAGCUUAGCUUAUUAUGUACACUUGGUGAGUCCCAUAGAAAAUUGACUUUAUUGAGUUCCUGUAAUAAUUCCUUAAAGUUAAGCAGUAUUGUUCAAAUAUCAAAAUAAUGAUGAUACUCUGUAGUCUUGUGGAGCACUAAGGCAUGCAGGCAGCCUUACAACUAUAUGAAGAUUAUAAACUUUCACUAUUAGUGUGCAUUCGAGUUGUUCACAAGUAACAAUCACAAGGCUUCUAAUUUAUAGGUAAAAUCUCAUUACAGGGUAUUAUUAAAAUGAUAGUUUCUUUAUUUUUGAAGGGAAUAUCCUGUUGAAAUACUGAAUACAGUGCUGUACUGGCAAUGUUUAAAAGGUAGCUGCUUAUAUAAUAGAAUAUUUUGACCCUUAAGGUCAAGCCAAACUUCCAAGUCAGGAAAUUAGUUUAAGUGCACCAGUGAACCCCUGAGUGUAUAGUAGCCUGUAUGUGAUAUCCUUGAUAAAUUUCAGGCUAAUGAUUUCGAGUUGCAGAUGUAAAAGUCUCUUUGACUUAUGAUGCUUUAGUUUAGCUGUGGAUGGUGACUACAUUUAGGUGAAUUGUAUAUACAUGUUUAGUUUGUCUCAGAGUAUAGUGCAUGUGAUCUUUAUGAGGAUGUGGUUGCAGUUUUUAUGAUUUUUAUAAGAAUACACGAGCAGUCAGAUUGUCCUCAGCUACGAUUGUUUACUCUAAACUUAAUCAGUUCUUGAGAUGGAAACUUUCAAUGUUGUUUGUUGAUGUUUAUAUAACAAUUUAAUAUGAUUUUUAAAUAAAUGGAUACUUUAAUAAGCUAAUCUUUAUACACUAUUGUGGAUGGCAUAUUUGUAAAUACUAAUGUGGCAAAUAUCCAGUUUACAUUUCAAGUUUGAAUUCUUUAAUAUCAUUGUUCAUCUGAGCAGCUCCAUAUACAAACAUUCUUUGUCAGGAAAAACUGUGCAUUCUUCAGUGUGCUUGGGAAUUAUUCAUAAGUUGUAUAUAAGGUGGUAUCAUCUGUCAUAUCCUCUUGAUAUCUAAACUAUGCUUGCCGAGGGGUUUAAUUCUUUACAUGUGUAAUGUGAAUUGGCAUCCUGCUAGUUUGAUGACCAAUGUCACAGUAAAUUAAACAUCGUCUCUAAUGAGGUGAAAUUGUAGCAGGACAUGAAUGAAAACUAAGUGUCAGUGAGCUUAUACUCCUGCUUCCACAUGUUUUAUUACAAUUUUGCUUUGAUGAUAUAUUAUGAAAUGCACUCAAGAGUUUGAGCAUUUAUUGAAAAUAGAUCAAAUUACUCUUGCUAUUAAAUGUUUUACAUUUUUCUCUGAUCUAGAGUUCUGCUCAGCACAUUUGGCAAAGCACUAUUGGCCCUUUGAUAAGUGGAGUUGGUUGCUAAACACUGUUAAGCUCCAGGGUAUAGGUAUACCUAUACUGUACUGUACUCUGUUUCCUCCUGUGAUGAUGCCACUGUGGUGAUGGUUUAAGUGUUUGGAUGAUUGCUGUAAAUGCUUGAAAACUCUGAUUAAUGUAGUUUUCUUGAGCUGUAUCCAGUAACUCAUGUUCCUGGUUUAAUGUGAGGUGCUCAGUGUAUAAUCUCCUGGUUAUUUGUUUCUCUAUAUUUUGUGAACCUUUUUCUGUACUGACGGCAGGAGAGUGUGUGCAGAAUCUCACUGAACACUUUCUCACGUGAUUGAUUGUCUUCACAUCUUUAAAUGCCAAAGACUUUACCCUAAUUUUCCUUUUUUUUUUAAGACAUCCUUUCAUGAGCUUAAGUACAAAAAGUACAGCUGCCUUGGCAGAAUUAAAAUUAUUUACAAGUUAAUGUAAAUUAUAUCUGGUAAAACAAAAAUAAAAUGGUAUGAUAUCAAUGUCAGAAUAGAUGAGUUUGAAAUUAAUCAUAUUAUAUAUCAGUGAAUAUAAUAUGUUCAUCUUGUGGCUAUUUUUCUGUUUUUGACCUGGAAAAGCACAAAGCAUUAUUAUAUUAUACAUUAUUAUAGACCUUGCACAAUACAUGCAAUUCAUAAUUGCUAUUGCACAGGAUUUAAAAAAGAUGCCAAGGAAUUGCAUGGAAGUUAUUGUUACAAGAAUGAAUUCUUUAUGGAGAAAAUUUAUGCUCUUUCUGAUAUUUGAAGAGCAAUAAAGCACUGUUUAUUGUUUAAUGAGUUAGUUAAUAUAUUUUUGUCCAAAGGCAUCCUGUGAGUCUCUUGGCUUGAUCAUGGCAUUAAUGAGGCUUGUUACUUCUUAUACUGUUUGUCAGAGGAGUGGUUGUCAGUGCUGUACUGUAUCCACUUUACCCUUCAUUAAUCAUAUGUGCUCCACUCAAAAUAAAAUGAAAGAUAAUUUUGUAAUACUGUAGUACUUUAACUCAUAUACAUUACCUGUCCAGCUGUAAGAGUAGCCAUAACUCGUAACCAAAUAAGAACAGCAGGGGAAUAGAUGCAACAAGUCGCACAAACUUUUGAGGUUUCAAUGCUGUCAUGGGGGAUAUUAUUGUUGAUAAGCUCCACAGUCACAUGGUGUCAUGCAUACUUUGUUUCACUUUAUGACAUACAGUACACACAGGUUUAGUAAGUUCUAUUAAUUAAGACCCAAUCCCCAAAUUUAUUGAUGAAUAUGUACUGUAUACAGUAUACUGUACUGUACACAAUACAUCUACCCUUUAUAGUACUGUACAGUACUGUAAAUAGUAACUGGAGUGUGAUAAUGAUUCUGCAUGGGUCCUCCUCCUUGAAGUGCAGGAAGAGGUACAUUGGGUAUUUAUGGUUAAAUAUGGACCAUUUUCAACCAGAUUCAAACAAAAUACUGUAUUGAGUAUUUAUGAUAUGGAAAUUUUCAGCCUUAUCUUGUAUGGUCUCUGCUUUUCUUCAAUAUUUAUAUGUCAAUUCUGAAAUAAGUAUAAGAUGUACUGCCGUAAGGAGGUGCCAUAUAAUAAAUGAUUAUGAUUAUGUGACUAUAAAUGUAGUGUAAUGUUACUGUGUGUUGAUCAUAAAAGAUAAGAGAUGUCACAUUCCAGACCAGGCAGCUGCUGGUGCUUAUAGAGGCUGGUGAGGAUACCAUGGUCAAAGUUCUUUCAAUGUGUGCCAUCAAGAACAAGUUUCUCUAUCGUUGAUUUUGUAGUAAGACUUAACAAUUCUCUUCAUUCUAGGUUAUACUGUAUGGUGAUGGUUGAAGCUUCUUAUCUUGACCAACUUAGAUUAAUGUAUUCUCUACUUAAGAAAGAAGAGUUUUAUCUGUUGAGUACUGAUAACUGUUGCUGUAGAGGAUGUAUAAGAGUAUGCAUAACAUGACAAUUGUUAUUGUUUAAAAAAAUUAAUUAGACAUAUGUUUUAUAGUUAAUAUUUUAUAGUACUGCAGUCAUGUGUGGAUGCUUUGUCUUGUAAGGUAAAAAUGUCACUCAAUUAAUGUUCAGAGCCGAAUAUGAGAAACCAGGAAGUAGAUAUGAAUUAGCUGCUGGGUGCAAGAGCUAUACUGUCAUAUGUAUAUAAAUUUGAUGUUCUCAGCCUGUACAUCAAGUGUUCUGAUUUGGUAUUUGAUGAGCAGCUGUUUGAUAGAAGGUCUGUACAGUAUAAUGUGGUGAUUCCUGAACUUCUUUCUCAAACUUAAAUUGUUAGGGACGGUGAACAUCAUGUGCAUCUAUCUGAGGAUGUCUUUUUAAGCUUCAACUGUUUUACUAAGGUUGUUAUUAUAUAAUUAUUGUGUAAUUGAUUCAUACACAUUAAUCAUUUAACUCUUGGAAAGCACAAGGUGACAACUAACCAUACAGUGUACAGUAUAUUAGCUCCAAGGCCCAGGAAGACCCAUAGAUUUAGAAUGAUCACCCAAAUACACAAAUGUGACAAGUUGUAACUCAACAGAAAAAUCUAUAUUCUUAAACAUUAAAUUUAUAUUGUACUAUCACUUAAGUAGUGAUUGAUUUUACUCAUCUUAAUAUAAUCAGAUCAAUGCAGGGGGCUUUUGUGAUUUAUGAAUUCAAGAUAAGAAGUUUCAAAUGAUUACUUCUGUGAGAAGUACUGUACGUACUGUACAGUACUGUACUGUGUUUAGGUACUGUAGAUUAUUAAACAUUUCUAACUUGUGCAAUAAUUUUUACAGCUUUUUUAGGAAUAUCUCUCUAUGUAGUGAGUUGGCCAGUCUAAAACACUCAUGAAAUUGGAAAGAAAAUGUUUCUUUGCUGUUCUACCUCUGACUUAGACUGGUUCCUGAGACACCAGGCAACAACAUCAUGCUAACCUGCUAGCCCUCCCCCUCUGUAGUGUUCAUCUUGAGAGUGGGCCUGUAGGUAGACUGUUUCCAGGCAUAUGUGACUUACUUAUGAGACCUGAUGUGUAACAGAUGGAUUUUUUUUUUUAUGGCGAGAGUAGAGUUCAUAUUGAUCCUUUUAGGAAGGCACAUAUUUGCUGGUUUUUCAUCAGUAAUUAACUUAUAAGUACAAGAUGAGGUUUCCAGUGAUGACAAGUGCCAGAACAGUGUUCCCAGGUAGCAGCUUUAUGUGACAGUAAGAGAGCGAGAUAAACAGCUUGUGUGGUACAAGAACCAAGUUGUUAAAUAUUCUGUCAGUGGUGUAUUUUUCUUUUGUGUAGUUAGUUUAUAUUCAAAAUUACUGAAUAGGGAAUAUCAUCAUUUACUGUGAAGAAUUUGUCAUGUUUGACUUAGAAUAAUAUUGGUGCCUGUAUUAUAGGGAUUGUCAGAUGUUUGACAUGAGAAAAUAUUGGUGCCUUUAUUAUAAGACUUGUCAAUAAGUUCAGUACGUAUGUCUUAGAUACCAAAGUCUACAGCUUAGGUUCUGUACGACCACUGAAGCUGUCAUGUUGUAGAGUUGGUGGUUGUGUGUAAAUGUGGCGGACAAGGUAGCAUUUAUGUUUUAUGCUGCUUUUACACGACAUGCUCAUGACAACAUUUAAUGCCAAAUAAAUUUUUUUAGUCA